UGUUUCCUUAGGGUACAGAGUCCAUUAAGAUGGAAAAUGGGCAAAGCACGGCAGCAAAGCUGGGGCUGCCCCCUCUCACCCCAGAGCAGCAGGAAGCUCUCCAGAAAGCCAAGAAGUACGCGAUGGAGCAGAGCAUCAAGAGCGUGCUGGUGAAACAAACCAUCGCCCACCAGCAGCAGCAGCUCACCAACCUCCAGAUGGCAGCAGUGACAAUGGGCUUUGGAGAUCCUCUCUCACCUUUACAAUCGGUCAAUAGACAUAUUCACUUCUUCUGGGGCACUUGUCUUAGUCAGGGCCUAGCGUGGGGACGUUCGUAGUGGUGCCAAUGCUCUUGUCCGCGCCCAGCACAGCCCUCCCACAUCCCCACCUGUACUGGACACGCCCAGGAGCAGAGCGAGGUGUCACUGCCCCGAGAAGACCCCAGGCUGUGCAGUCUGCGGGGACACUGCCACUCGGGGGCAAAGACAGCUUUAGAUUUCCACCAGUUCUGAACACACCCGUGAAAUUGUGGGAGCUGCAUUUCUAGGGAUGCUACAGUUCUGAGGUCCCGACCUAAAACUAACGGCCAAGAUGGCGGCUCAGAGGCAGCGGGCACUCGCCAUCAUGUGCCGGGUCUACGUGGGCUCCAUCUACUACGAGCUGGGGGAGGACACCAUCCGCCAGGCCUUCGCCCCCUUCGGGCCCAUCAAGAGCAUCGACAUGUCCUGGGACUCGGUCACCAUGAAGCACAAGGGCUUUGCCUUUGUGGAAUACGAGGUUCCUGAAGCUGCCCAGCUGGCCCUGGAGCAGAUGAAUUCUGUCAUGCUGGGGGGAAGGAACAUUAAGGUGGGGAGGCCCAGUAACAUCGGGCAGGCUCAGCCCAUCAUUGACCAGCUGGCAGAGGAGGCUCGGGCCUUCAACCGCAUCUACGUGGCCUCUGUGCACCAGGACCUGUCGGACGAUGACAUCAAGAGCGUCUUCGAAGCCUUUGGGAAGAUCAAAUCCUGCACCUUGGCCAGGGACCCCACGACAGGGAAGCACAAAGGCUACGGCUUCAUUGAGUACGAGAAGGCGCAGUCCUCCCAGGACGCUGUCUCCUCCAUGAACCUCUUUGACCUGGGGGGUCAGUACCUGCGGGUGGGCAAGGCUGUGACACCCCCAAUGCCACUCCUGACCCCAGCCACACCUGGGGGGCUCCCACCUGCAGCUGCUGUCGCUGCUGCUGCCGCCACCGCCAAGAUCACGGCUCAGGAAGCCGUGGCAGGAGCCGCAGUGCUGGGCACGCUGGCGACACCAGGGCUUGUGUCCCCUGCCCUGACCUUGGCCCAGCCCCUGGGGGCUCUGCCCCAGGCCGUGAUGGCUGCACAGGCCCCCGGUGUCAUCACAGGUGUGACCCCUGCCCGGCCGCCCAUCCCGGUGACCAUCCCGCAGGUGGGGGUCGUGAACCCCAUCCUGGCCAGCCCCCCGGCCCUGGGGCUGGUGGAGGUCAAGAAGGAGAAGGAGGAGGAGGAGGUGUUCCAGGAGUCGGAGCGGCCGGAGAUGCUGAGCGAGCAGGAGCACAUGAGCAUUUCCGGCAGCAGCGCCCGGCACAUGGUCAUGCAGAAGCUGCUCCGCAAGCAGGAGUCCACGGUGAUGGUGCUGCGGAACAUGGUGGAUCCCAAGGACAUCGACGACGACCUGGAGGGAGAAGUGACGGAAGAGUGCGGGAAGUUCGGGGCUGUCAACAGGGUCAUCAUCUACCAGGAGAAGCAGGGGGAGGAGGAGGAUGCCGAGAUCAUCGUCAAGAUCUUUGUGGAAUUCUCCAUGGCCUCAGAGACUCACAAGGCCAUCCAGGCGCUCAACGGGCGCUGGUUCGCGGGCAGGAAGGUGGUGGCCGAGGUCUACGACCAGGAGAGGUUUGACAACAGUGACCUCUCAGCAUGAACUGCAUCCCAUGGCUGGGCUUGGAUCUGGGGAAUGGGCCCAGCUCUGAUCCCAGAGCCUGCAUCUGGGGCAUGGGCCCAACUCUGAUCCCAGGACUUGGCCAAGCUUGGAUCCUGGGAAUCAGCCCAGCUGUGAUCCCAGUGCUCAUCCACACUCCAAGGAAUCAGCCCAACUUUGUUCCAAGGAAUUGGCCAAGUUCUACUCCAGGGACCAGCCCUGCCCCCUCUCUCCCAGGAUUUUUGUAGCUGUGUGUAAAGGACAUUCCAGGACAUUCCAGGGUGGGGACAGGGAUCUGGUGUCUGGGGAGUUGAGAUAAAAACACAAAGAAAGCUGG